AUGUCUUAAUCACUAUUUUAUAGAUUUUAGAAUGAUGGAUGUAUGGAGAUUACCAAAGUAUGUCUUUAUUUUAAAAGUCAUAUCAAAGAGUAAAUUGGUUUAUGUCCACAGGUUUGAAUAAGAGAAGUAGAAUCAGUGAGUAGGAGAUUAAAAAGAGAGAUUUCUGCUAAAUUACAGGAUGUCUGAAUGAUUACACACAUUUAAAAUGCAAAUGGGCUACCACUUGAGUGAGUGAAUAACUUAUAUUGUAGUGACUCAACUCAGGACAAAGUUUGUCCAGGUAAAGGUGGAACUAAGAGGUGCUGACUGGCUCAGUUGUCAGUUGGCUAUUCAUUGAACACUGCAUUUGCCUCCUUUUCCAAAAGAGACACCAGCUACAUGGAAUCAAGAAACCACACAGAAAUAUCAGAAUUCCUCCUCCUGGGUCUCUCAGAGGAUCCUGCACUGCAGCCCCUGCUCUUUGGAGUGUUCCUGUCCAUGUACCUGGUCACCGUGCUUGGGAACCUGCUCAUCAUCCUGACCAUCAGCUCUGACUCCCAGCUCCACACCCCCAUGUACUUUUUCCUCUCCAACCUGUCCUUUGUGGACAUCUGCUUCAUCUCCACCACUGUUCUGAAGAUGCUAGUGAACAUCCAGACACAAAACAAAAACAUCUCCUACAGAGGAUGUCUCACUCAGAUGUAUUUUUUUAUGGUUUUUGGUGGAAUGGAUAAUUUCCUGCUGACUGUGAUGGCCUAUGACCGGUUUGUGGCCAUCUGUCACCCACUGCACUACACGGUCAUCAUGAACCCACGCCUCUGUGGCCUCUUGAUUCUGAUAUCUUGGGUCAUUAUUUUCUGUAUUUCCCUGCUUCAUAUUCUACUGAUGGUGCGGCUGACCUUCCGUAUAGGCACUGAAAUUCCACAUUUCUUCUGUGAACUGGCUCAGGUUCUCAAAUUAGCCUGCUCUGACACCUUCAUCAAUGACAUAUCUUUAUAUGUGGCCACGGCCCUUUUGUGUGUGUUUCCUCUGACGGGGAUCCUGUUCUCCUACUCUCAAAUUGUCUCAUCCUUAAUGAAGAUGGCCUCCACUGAGGGCAGGUAUAAAGCAUUUUCUACUUGUGGGUCUCACCUCUCUGUGGUCUCCUUGUUCUAUGGGACAAGCAUGGUGGUCUACCUCAGUUCUGCUGUGACCCAUGCUUCCCAGAGAAGCUCGGUCGCCUCAGUGGUGUACACCGUGGUCACCCCCAUGCUGAACCCCUUCAUCUACAGCCUGAGGAACAGGGAUGUGAAGAGGGCCCUGGGAAGGCUCCUCAGCCAAGCAGCCUCUUGUCUGUGAUCAUUACUGGCCUCAGAACUAAGUGGACCUUGUGGGCCCCAAAGGCAAAUGUUGCAAAUUGAAAUCUCUUGGUUCUUUUUCUCCCCUAAAACAAGUGCUUGAUUUCUUCAAUUCCCGAAGCACCUAUGACUUCAAUUUUAUUUGUAUGAUGUGCUAAUUUCUCCCCAACAAUUCUCCUCAAUAAUUCCUUUUGGAUUUUUCUUUCUUAUAUGCUGCUCAUUAAAGUUCCAAGUUUGGUCAGCUUUUUUUUUUGCCACAAUUCUUCAUAUUUCUAAAUUUAGAUUUAAAGCGUUUAUUCUGUCAAGUGCUAUUGUGGUUUUCCUCCAGAAUAUCCUCUCAAACGUUGAUGUUCUUCACCUUCAUUUGGUUGUGGGCUUAGUUUUCCACAACAAAUGGAGCAAAAAUUAUACAGUCAUCUCCACUGCUUACCACAUGAGGACUGUGGUUGUUUCUUCACAACUAUGACUUUAUUUCAUCUUGAAAACAUUCCUGUGAGAUAUUUUCCCACCUUUACCCCACUUUUCAAAAGAAGAGACUAAGAGUGAGUUGGACUGUGGCCUGGCUAGCUGACACUGGCUUUGCUAUCCUACUUUUCUUAAGAACAGUGAUGUGAUUUUCAACUUCAAAGUAGGAACAUAGAUUUAAGGACUGGUUUGUUCAGGUGAUUCAUAGUAAUACCCCAACUAGAAUAACUCUGAGAUAUGUCUUCAUUCUUUGUGACCCUACCUUCACUCCUUCUUUCUUCCCUUCCUUCAUUUGACCUUUUUUUCCCCCAACACAGCAAUUUUGAGAUACACCAUCUAAGAUCCUAAAACACAUAGAAAUGAAUACAAUAGAAUCAGAGCUGUUUUCUCACAUGGUUUAAUUUUUUUCUGGGAAUCUCUGGAGUUGCCAUCAGGAAUCAUAGUUACACACAUGUAGAAAGUGUUGAGAACUGAGCUCACCUUUACAGAAGAAUGAUGAUAGAAUUGAGUGUACAGGGAAAGAUGGAGAAGUAGAUGCUGUGAACAUUCCUCUGACAUUUCCUGGGAUCCUCUCACCAUCUCCAAUGCAUGACUGCCAAUGACCAGCAGCAACUGGAACCUACUUUGCCCAAUACAUGAUGGCAUAAGUGGCAGGCAAUUACGCCCCAUCAGAUACAUCCCUUGAAGGAGACAUGUGGGUUGUGCCAUAUCCUUCACACUUUAGCUGGGAUAAUUUUGAGGUUUGGAUUUUGUAUAAUUCUCCAGAAUUUCCCCACAGGAUGAAAACUCUGCUCAUUUCCUGUGGUAGCUGACU